AUGCCAAUUCCCCCAGCAGAUCUCCCGGUACCCACUUGCGAAUGGCUUCCACGACCCAAGAAGCCAGAUCAAAGUUAUGGGCUGCCCCCCGUGGAGACAAUCGCAAAGAUACAAAUUGAUGGCCUAAGCCAUGUUCUCCACACAUCCGACAACUUCGACGAUUGGUACUGGGAAGCGGUAGGAACAUUGAGGAAAUACAAUCUGGAAGUCCUGAUCGAAAUCGAAACUCCACGCCCCCAAAUGACCAGUCCCUUAACUUCAGGGGCAAGAAAAUGGGUUAAGGCAUCAGUCCUCGUGGCCAAAUGGCUCCGCGGCACCAUCUCAGCCGGUUUGAUGGAGCAGCUCAGAUCCUUUUCACAGCCAAUGAGUCUGGCAGACGACUGCAUGAAUCUGAUUUGGGGAUACAUGGACUUCCAUCAAGUCUCUGUUGAUUUUGACCGAUUCAACCGGUUUGAAAACUUAAAGUUCUCGGACUUUGCCCGUGGUUCGCAGUACGUGGAGGCUUUCGGUCAGUCAUAUCUUCGACUUCAACGCCGGGCCUUGGCGCCUACACCCUACCACGCCGCGUUGCGUCUGCUGUACCAAAUCGGAAUACAAUAUCCAUUUUUGAGAGACGCAGCUAUUACAGAGAUGGAGAGAGAACGAAUGUGUGCAAACGCCUUUUCUUUGAGGCAGUUCUGGCGUACCGUGGAAUUUUUGGUUCAACAACUGAGAGAUUACGAAGUUGUGGAUCCUUCACCUAGCUCAGGUGGAAUCUGA